CUCUUCCUUCUUUCAUUUCUUUUUCUCUCCUUUCAGAUUCCAUUUUCUGGAAGCAGCACGUAAUUUCCGCACGUUUGAAUUUUUCCGCGCAUUUCGAUAUAUUAUUCUCCUUCCCUCGUUCGCGUUUCCAUGGAAAAACAUGCUUGCCUGUUGCCGAAAAACUUUCUGUCGGUUAAUUGGACAUCAUAACGCGAAAACUAAUUGAACCUUUUAGCAACAAUCUCGGAUAAGUUUUAUUUAGAAAAUUUGGCAAAUUUUACGUCGACACAACCUCUUGUUUUUGUGUAUACUUGUGAUAUAAAUUUUUCUCAUUUAGUUUCGCUUUAAUUUUCUGAAUUUAUCAUUUUUAUAACAGCCACUCACUCUGAUUAUUUGGAAAGAGUAAUACUGAAUAAUUUUACAUUUAGAGAAAGAGAAGGAGAGAAAGAAGAAAAAUGAAAUAAUUUUCCUUUCAGAUACUGCGUAUUUUCUUUUCCAUCCAUCUUUUACUCAUUAAAUUCCUCUACUUUUCCAAUAUUUUUUCACAAUAUUUCCUGCUGCUUUUCAAACUUUAUAUCAUGGAGAUGAUUCACAUCGAGUGAGGAUGAAUCACACCCUUGGAAAAAUCCUUCUCAGGCAAAACAGAUAGCAUGCGGUGUUUAUCUGGAAUCUGGCAAUGAUAACCAGUGAUAAUUGUCAUUGUGCUCAGCAUAUAUUAUUCUCAAACGAGCUCGUUAUCUUUCUAUCUAUAACGUAGAAUAAUAUGAUAAAAAAUAAUACUACGUUAUCAUAUCAUUGUAUUCUACGUUUAUUUUUUAUUUUAUAGAAAAAUAAUAUAUUAUUGCUUAAUAAUACUUUGUAAUAAUUAUUCGACACAAUCUCUCGAUUUGAUUAUCAUUCAAGUACAUUUAUCUCUGCUAUUUAUGCAAACGUCAGUACAGUCUCUUUGACAUUCCUCUCGCGGAAAGGGAAAAAACGCAGAAACAUUUGCAUGGAUUGCAGUUUUCAUUGGUGAAUCGUCGUUUAUUACCGACGAAAUUAGCGUAGAAUCGCAAAACGUCGAUCACUCGAAUUCUCUUGUCCGUAAAUCGGUAAUGGAACAAAAUCGACUAGCAUCUGUGUGCCAAUCAACGACGUUCCGAGAUUUUGAACGAUAUUCCUUGUCAUUUUUGAGACACAUCAGAUCGGAAUUGAAAAAAAUGGCAGACGAUCCGAACCGUGACAUCUUGCCCGUAAAGGAAGGCUCCUGUAGCGCGGAUACGAUCAUCAGUGUCAUAGAUCCUAGGGAACGUCAUCUCGUUUGCAAGCUCGAUCGCUAUCAACUGGAGGACAAGUAUCUACGUUUACUCGAUGAAGUGAGUAAUCUGAAGAAAUUGUCCAAUUGUCAGGAAGACAAGAUUAAACGACUGGGCACAAAGCUGAUUAGACUGGCUAAUAAUUCGAGAGCAUACGGAUUAGCAUUAGAUAUCGCCGACGAUAGGAAUAGAACGGCCGCUUUGGAGCUCGAAAAUACCAAGCUGAAGGAGAAAAUCGCCGUGAUGAGGAAUCAAUUGUUGAGUCACACGAUGAGCGGUAGGUCGUCGUCGCGCAGCCGUAAUCUCGUUAGGCCAUCGUCUUCCGGGCUCGUGACGUGCCGAAGUGAGAACAACCGCGUGAGAGUACCACCCUGUCAGUGCAGGAUCGCAGCAGGUGACGAUGAUAACGACAUGCAAAAUUACCUCAUUAAAAUCGAGAAAUUGGAGGCACAAAAGAAAGAUAUGGCAUGUCGUAUAGCAGAAUUAGAGAAAGAGCUGGAACAUUUAACUAAUAAUCAGAGGGAGAAGGUGGCGGAAAAUGUAGAAUAUAUACGAGUGUGGCGACAAAUGAAACAGCUGAACGAUAAAUUAAUAACGAGUCAAGAGAAGAAUACCGAACUGACUGCUGAAAUUAACGAUUUGAAGACAACCAUUGAACAAACGACGAGGAAUAAUCAGGAGAUUGCAGCUGUUCUUAGCUCGGAGAGAACACGCAUAGCCGAGAUCGAUGAUCAAAUGUUGAAAGCGAAGACCUCACAAUUUAACUUACGCGAGAAAGACGAACAAAUACGAGAUCUUAUGAAUGAAAUUAAAAUAUUACAACAGCAUAAUAACGAACUUAUCACGCUUACCUCGAAAUAUGGGCAAGUUGAAUUGGAGAAUGUUGAAUUAAAAAAAAGAUUUACUAAUGAUGCUCACGAUCAGCAGACUUUAAAAAUUGCGUUUAACAAUGAGCAAGCUAAUAUUGCAAUGUUAAAAGCUACAAAUGAGAGAUUACUUGCAAAAUUUCAAGAAUUGCAAGUAAACAUUGAUACAUUAACAGUACAAUUAGCGUCUUUUCGUACGCAAAAUAAAAAACGCGAUACAAUAACGAUAUCAUCGGAUGUGGAACAAUGCAAGAAAUGUUGCGAAAUGUAUGAUAAAAUUACACAGCUGGAGAAAACCGUCAGUAACACUCGUGAAAAUUGGCAAUUGGUGGAUAAAUCAGUGCAGACGAUGAUUGUUAAGGUUAACAUAAAGGAGCAGAGUACAAUGACAAUGUCAAAUAAUGAGGGCAAGGCAUCGUUGCAGUCGCCGUUGAAGGAAUGGAAAUAUCAGGAAGCAAAUGGCACAAAUGUUUUAUCCCGAGAAAAAAUACUAAAGCUGUUAGAUCAGGCACAAAUUAACACACCUUUGGAUGCGUCGAAGAUCGCUUCGAAAGAAGAAUACGCGAACAUUUUGGACGUAGCUCAGAGGCACAGCGAAAAGGAAGUGUCCUCUCAAUAUGAUGGAUCACAUCUUGUACAGGAGAACUUACAAAAGAGACUGAUGUAUUUGAAAAAUUCGAAUACAACAUUAGGUCAAAUGUUAUUGAUUUUAUUUGAUGUUUUGCAAGAAUUUAUACUGUUUAUUGAUGUCGACGAAAAACAAUCUCUUAACCAUCAACUAUCUGCAAAUAAGGAUCUCCUAAUUGACGUUAACAAUAAUAUUUCUAAUUUGAUAACCACCAGCAAUAUUAAACAAAAUCAUUUUACUGAAACAACAAAAGAUUUUGCUACUUCUGAAAAUUGUGAUCCAGCAUGCGAAACAAAAUCUGCAAAUAUCUCAACGAGAAAUAUUGAUUCAUCGAUAAAAGACAUGUUUGAUGUUUUUUCCUUUCCUACGAUUCACGAAAACUACAGAAAAUUAUCGUAUCGAGAUAUCAGUAAAGAUUUUUGCGCAGAAAAAAUGAUAAAGCUAAAAAGAUUAAAAUCACCGCGUUAUCCUAGAUGUAAUUUGACAUGUCAUUUGCGCAAAGCAAAGGAUCCACUGUCCUUGCAGGAGAAGCAAAAGUUACACUGCAAAGUCAAACAUUUAGACAGCGUGAAGUUACCAUUAUGCUCAGCCGAAUCUUUCCCUUUAUUAAUUACUGACAAGCAAGGUCUCGUUGAGAUUCAUAUUUCGCGACUGCAGCUUUCUACAUCGGUCGCAAGAAUCCCGGACGAAGAAGACAUAUGUAUAUGUCACGUUUAUGUCAGCUGGGACGUUUGGGGUGAGAAGACCGCUUAUACUCCAAGAAUGAAGUGUCCAAAUUUAAUUUUCAAUUCGUCCUCUGUAUAUCACAUAACGGAUCUCUUCUCUUUUUUCAAAAAUGUGCUAUCGGAAUAUCUUAUCUUCCGAGUGAACAUUAUUCGUCAAGAUAAUACCAGCUAUACUUUUGCCCGAGCAAAGGUUUCCAUCAAGGAUAUUUUGGACUAUCCACAGAAUAAAUUGCAUUAUAUCGUUCCCGUAAACAGCGUCAUUUCUUCUUUCUUCGGCAUGAAUUUUGGUCAACUGUCGCUAUGGGUUCGGUUAAGUUGCAACGUGGACAUGGUUGAAGCCUUUAAGAAGCAAUGCGGCUUAAAUUCGUUGAAAGAUAUUCAUUACGUGCCUUCAGCAGAAAAGGACAUAAUUGAUAAAGCUAAGGAAAUUCCUUCUGAAUGGCCUCCGAAACAAAUAAUUGAUGUGGUGCCAUUUAACAAUCAGCAAUUAAAAGAUGAUUUGGUAUCCAAAGAUUCAACGGCUCGAGACAUCCAACCUAAUGAUUCAGAUUUCCAAUACUGGGCGGUUUUCGAUACUGAAAAUUCGGAUGAAAACGAUAAAGAAUUAUCUUUGCGCAUCAACAAGAUAAAAGAAACUGAAGAAGAAAUUGCAGUACAAAAUUCAGAUUCUGAAGAAAUUCUGGAUAAAAGUAAGGAAAGAGAGGAAAAUAAUGCAACGACGGAUUCACCGAGCAUGAUCGAGUUUAGGACACUACUCGCGAAUCACAAUGAAAAGGAUGCGAUAAUCAUAGAGAUAUUGAGCAUGCAGCUUUUUGCUGACAGUAACAUCAUGCAAGACGAUGAGAUACAGUUGCUUUACAUUGAAUAUUCCUUCCUCGAUAAUCGUGGCGAAGAUAUGGAGACUAUUUCCGUGAUGAAACCAAAAACAGCUAAUCAAGAAAUGGUCUUUAAUUAUAAGAAAAAAUUUUGGGUAAAUGAAACAACACAUCCCAUACAAAAAGAAAAAUUGUGUGCCAUGAUGGCUGAAAUUACAAGUCCAAAUAUCAAUUUUACUGUUAUUAGCGAACCAUUACCACAAGAAAGAGAAAUUAAAGAUUGCGAAGAAGUCGGUUACGCAUCUUUUAAUUUAAAACAAUACGCACUUGAUAAUGAGUACAAACAUAUAUUAUUGCCGAUCAGGAAUAAUCGAAAUAGACAUAUUGGAUCGCUGAAGAAUAAUAAUGUAACAUUGAACACACAACUAUGGCAUUCAAUUCACGUAUGAGUACCACAUCCAAAA